AUGGGAGGAGAACGAGCUUACUCAUUCUCGUAUCAUCGAUCGGUUUACGACGAGCACGCCGGCGAACGACGGCCACUCGUCGACGAUCGACAGCAUCGAUACAGAAGAGAACAACAUCAACAGAAUCAACAGCAGCUGCAGCAGUACAGACAACCAUCAUAUCAUCACCAUCGACAGUACGGUGAUUACGGAAUGACAAACUGCGGUGCUGAAUCAACAUCGGCACCGCAACACCCUCCUUCAACACCCCAAACAAACGGUCUUCGUGCUCCUCCCCCCUCGAUAACAACCGUUCAACCUCAUCGGAAUCCUUUCGCACCUCCACCACAACCUAUUCUAUCGUCUCCAGAUGAAUUUGAAGAUGCAAUAAAUUGUUCGCCGUGUUGUGAUGACCCGAAUGUGAGUCGAACAUUCAAAGCACUUAUUCUCGGACAAAUCCUCUCCCUCUGCUUAUGUGGAACAGGAGUUUCCAGUCAGUUAUUGGCAAAUGCGAAGGUGAAUGCACCGGCUGCCCAAGCAUUCUCGAAUUAUUUUCUUCUCUGUUUCGUGUAUUGCAUAUCACUUGCAUGUAAAUCAGAUGAUAAUGGACUCGUUGUAGUACUACGAAAACGAGGAUGGCGGUAUCUAAUACUUGCAAUUAUCGAUGUAGAAGCAAAUUAUAUGAUUGUAAAAGCAUAUCAAUACACUAAUCUAACAUCUGUCCAGCUCCUCGACUGUGCCACAAUUCCAACGGUCUUAUUUCUUUCAUGGCUAUUCUUGUCAGUGAGGUAUCUGGCUUCACAUAUUCUUGGUGUCACAAUCUGUCUUAUCGGAAUUGCAUGUGUCAUUUGGGCCGACGCUCUUGGAGAUAAAGGAGCGGAAGGUGGAUCGAAUAAAGUACUCGGAGAUGUGUUGUGUCUAGCCGCUGCAAUGAUGUACGCAGUUUGCAAUGUAGCUGAGGAAUUUCUGGUGAAACAGCACUCGCGGACAGAAUAUCUUGGAAUGCUUGGACUCUUCGGAUGCAUCGUUUCCGGUGUGCAAACAGCCGUAUUCGAACAAGAAGCGUUGUCAAAAAUCGUGUGGGAUGGAACGACAGUUUCCUACUUUGCAUUGUUCGCUUUCUCAAUGUUCAUAUUCUACUCACUGGUUACUGUAGUUCUUCAGAAGACGUCAGCAUUGAUGUUCAAUUUGUCAACGUUGACUGCUGAUUUCUAUUCAUUGCUGUUCGGAAUCUUCAUGUUCAAGGAUACGUUUCACUAUCUAUACUUCGUAUCAUUCAUCAUUUGCAUAAUCGGAUCAGUGAUAUAUUCUAUGAAAGAGACUCAAAUGAGAGAUGCCGACGAGCCACGACGAGUUUGUCCUUGCCUUUUCGUUUGUUGCUGCUGUUGUGGUUGCUGUUUUGAAGAAGGAGACAGUACUGAAGGAUCCAUCGAUGUCUCCCCAUCACCCAAUGAACGAAUGCAAAUGGGUCUCAAUCCACGAGGUUCAAUGAGUCCAUGCCCAAUUCACGGAAAUCAGUUAUCCCAUUUAUAG